AUGUCCUCAUCGGCCGGUUCAGAGCAAAGCAAGAGUUCACUAACGGGCUCCAUAGCCGUGACAGGACAGGCAGGAAGUUCACAGGUGGAUACUACUGACAACUCUGGAGGUACAGCGUUCACCAAUGAUUCCUUCGACCACAACAUGACAUGCUGGGUGCUUCCACCAUACAAGGAGCUGAAGCGAGCGCCGCCGCCUCGGGAGAUUCUGCAGCACACAACUCCACCUCUGGAGAAGCUGCAGCAGUGGGUGGUAGAUGGGCUGGUCAAUCUGAUCCAGACACUGUAUAAAAGAAAGCACAGUAAAGGAGAGCAGAACAAACUCCUAACAGGAGGAGACUUACUCAUGGCUAAUGAGUGCUUUCCUGCCAUCAACUCAUCAUGUAUCAAGGGAAAACGCUCCAGUUUUGAACAUAAUAUCACCUAUAUGUUUGUAUUAUUGCUGUCAGCCUGGACUGUGUUUCUGAACCUGCUGGUGAUCAUCUCUAUCUCUCACUUCAAGAAGCUUCACACUCCAACCAACCUGAUCAUUCUCCCUCUGGCUGUGGACGACAUGCUUGUUGGAAUUUUUUUGAUACCCAUAAAGGGAAUCAAGCAAAUUGAGACAUGUUGGUACUUCGGAGACACUUACUGUGGACUGUUUGUGAUCAUAGCUAGGUUGCUCCUUAUUACAUCACUUAGUAAUUUGGUAUUAAUUGCUGUGGAUCGUUAUAUGGCUGUUUGUCAUCCUUUACAGUACCCACAGAAAAUGACUACAACUAAAACUUUAAUAAGCAUCUGUCUCUGCUGGUUUUGCUGCUCAGUGUACACUAUUUGGUUUGUAAUAAGUAACAGAUAUUUUAAUAUGUCAGACAAAAUACUGUGUUACGGCCAGUGCAUUGUUUUGAUGACAUCUGCUUGGAGAUUCAUUGAUUUAAUAGUUUCUUUUAUAUUUCCUUGUACUGUGAUCAUCACUGCAUAUUUGAGGAUAUUUUAUGUUGUGCAGAGGCAAGUCAGAGUUAUUAACUCUCAAAUGAAUGGUGUAAAAUGUGUAAUGGACAUUUCAGUGAGGAGGAAAACUGAGAGCAAAGCUGCUCUGACAUUAGGAAUCAUUGUGACAGCUUAUCUGCUUUGCUGGAUUCCAUUCUUCAUCUGUUCUCAAACAAAAACCGUUUCCUCCACUACACUGACAUUUCUAACAUGGACCAUCUAUAUAAACUCAGGUCUAAAUCCUAUCGUCUAUGCUUUAUUUUACCACUGGUUCAGAAUAUCAGUUAAAAACAUUCUAACUCUUAGAAUUUUUCAGCCAGCAUCCUCUCUGAUGGACAUUGGACGUCUUUAAUGUUUUACAGUGGGGAUUUAUUUGUUUUAUUUUAUGUUUUUACCUAGACACCCUCGGAGUUCAAUCCCCAAAAAUUACAGCAUGGGAAAUGUAUUCACAUGCUCAGAUAUAAGAAUUACAUAUAAAAUAAUCAACAAUAACUAAAU